AUGACACGUCGGCAGUUGAACCUCCCGCCCCAGAGCCCGCAUCUAAGCGUCCGCGCCGGGCGCCUCCAAAUGAAUCGACGCCGCUGCUGCCGGACGCACCGCCUGCCGCGGCGCGUCCUCUCCCUCUGCAUUGCCAUCGCAGUGUAUUACGUCAAGGCUGUACGGCCUGCAUCCGAGGAGCCGGUCAUCGAAGACGCUGUGAAGACGAUUGCUGCGGCCCUCAAGGUCAGUCGACCGACAGUGAAGAAUGUUCUGGCAGAGGUCGAAGAGUGCUUCAAGAACGGGACCCAGUUCUUGGGCAAGCGAAAGCCUGGGUCGGGCGGCCACAACAAGUUGUAACACACCCAGUCAGUCAUACACGCAGACGCGUAGGACGCAUCGUAUCGAAUGAGCAUCCCAUUAGAUCGUAAUACAUUUUUGACACUUUAACGUAAAGCGCCAAAUAAUGGUUCUGAG